AUGCCAGGAUUAUUAGUUCAAGUUGGUGCGUCCGUUAUAAUGUCCCUGGGAACCUUACUCACAGGGUUAUGCUUUACUUGGCCAACUUUCGCGAUAGACACCCUGCAAAGUGACAAAUCUCCAACUGGUUCACCUUUCACGGAAUUCGAAACCAAUUUAGUUGGAUCCCUGGUGAUGUUGGGAAACCUUCUAGUGACGCCCGCCAGUGCUUGGAUAUCAGACAUGAUGGGAAAGAAGAAGAUAUGUAUUUUAUGUGCUUUGGUAUUUUCGCUAUCUUGGGCCAUAAUAGCUACAGCCAGAAACAGCCACCUUAUUCUAAUAGGGAGAUUAAUCGUUGGCCUAGCAUCAGGCGUUCAACUAGUCAUCUGUUUCCCUUUUGUAGCAGAAAUUAGUCAGGACCAUAUUAGAGGCACUUUGGGUUCCAUACUCAUUCUAUCAUUCACAUUUGGCAUGUUAAUUGCGUAUCUGAUCGGAUGGUUAUGUAGUUAUGAUGUGGUGAAUUACAUUAAUUUGACUUUGAGUGUUUUGUUCGUCUUGCUAGCGUGUGGUCUAAAGGAGACUCCAGCAUUUUUGAUAGCGAAACGGAAAAAUGAGGAAGCAUUAAAAUCUUUGCAAUUUUAUCGAGGAGCAUCAACAGCUACUUCUGAGAUUUUAGAAGAAAUGGCGCUAUUGAAUGAGCAGAACAAAUCUCAAGUUAAAUCUUUAGUUGCUGAAAAGUCAUCAAAUAUUGGAGCUGAGAAGGAAUUGUUGGAACAAAUGGAAGUAACGAGGUUUGAUAGCGAAAUGAGUCCUUUGAAAAUGCUUUGUUCAUCAAAGCCAGCACAACGGGCACUAUUCGUUGUAACAUUCCACGCUUUUCUUAUAGUCCUAGGUGGAACAAUCGCAAUGGUAACUUACGCAAAUCAAUUGUUCCGACAGGCAGCGCCAAAUCUUUCUAACGAACUUUGCACUGUAAUAUUGGCUGUUGCCUUCUUUACGGGCAGUGUUUUGUCUUUAAUGGUUUCCGAUUUGAUUGGCAGGCGGAUCUUAAUGUUGACAUCUACGAUAUUAUCUGCGACAUUUCUCACGCUCUUGGCAUCACUCCUUCGUUGGUCCUGGGCGCCUGAAUGGACGAUACCUGCAGCGGUGCUGGGCUAUUGCUGUGUCUUCCAAAUGGGGGCUGCAGUAGUGCCCUUUCUCCAGGUCGCCGAGUGUUUUAUUCCUAAGGUAGAUCAUUAUCAUUUGCUAUCGGUUUGAUAUUAUGUGGUCCAGUAAAGCUAUCUACCACUUUAUAAUGUGUGUACUUAGAUAGCAAAUGCAUUGUACUUUCUAUUUUC